CAAUAAUUUGAAAUUGUCGCUUAUGUCUUUUCAGACAUGGAAUGUGGACCUCCAAGAAUUAAUGAUAAACUAAUGAGGUUCUUUGAUCAUUGUGAAAAGUUUUUAACUGAAGUGGAAAGGAAUGAGACGGCUCUUUAUCAUGUAGAAGCCUUCAAAACUGGACCAGAAAUGCAGAACAUUUUAAAAAAAGUUGCAGCUACUUUGCAAGUGCCAGUCAACAAUUUAAAUGCAGAUUUGAUUCAGGUAGCUUUUUUCACCUGUUCAUUUGACCUGGCAAUUAAAGGUGUUAAAUCGCCUUGGUGUGAUGUUUUUGAUACAGAUGAUGCAAUGGUAUUAGAAUAUUUAAAUGAUCUGAAACAAUAUUGGAAAAGAGGAUAUGGGUAUACUAUUAAUAGUCGAUCCAGCUGCAUCCUGUUUCAGGAUAUCUUUCAGCACUUGGACAAAGCAGUUGAACAGAAAAAAAGGUCUCAGCCAAUUUCCUCUCCAGUCAUCCUUCAGUUUGGUCAUGCAGAGACUCUUCUUCCACUGCUUUCUCUCAUGGGCUACUUCAAAGACAAGGAGCCCCUCACAGCUUACAAUUACAAGGAACAAAUGCAUCGGAAGUUCCGAAGUGGUCACAUUGUACCUUAUGCCUCAAACCUGAUAUUUGUGCUUUACCAUUGUAAAAAUGCUAAGACUGCUAAAGAAGAAUUCCGAGUGCAGUUGUUAUUGAAUGAAAAGGUGUUACCAUUGGCUAACUCGCAAGAAACUGCUUCUUUGUAUGAUGAUCUGAAGAACCAUUACAAGGACAUCCUUCAGAGUUGUCAUACCAGUGAAGAAUGUCAAUUACCAAAGGUGAACAACACAUCUGAUGAGCUAUGAAUAACUGGAGAACAUUUUUAAUUCAUCAGGAAUCUAUAGGGCGUGAUUACAUGCGUGGAGUAGGUGGGCAGUCCCUGGUUACAGAAAGCUUUCACAUUACUUGGGUAUUUCUGUCUUCAUAGAAAAACAAUGAGUUUCUUUUUUAGUCUGGACAUGAACGUGUAAGCAACAAUUCUUCACUGGAGCAGCUCUCUUAAGGGGAAAAUACCUAUUCAAAGAAAUAGUUGGCACUGCAAAUGUUUACAGAAGUUAAAUUCUUCCUUUUUAUAUAAGAAAUCUCACACAGAAUAUGUUUUCCAAAUAAAGCUUGAAAAUGCUGGAGUAACAAAGUAUGUCAGUUGGAUGAUCCAUAACUUGAUUGAACCUUGUCUAGGAACUUUACCAGUUGUGCUGCAAUUCUCUCUUUUUUUUCCUCAAGUAGCACAGUUCUAGUAUUAUCUUUCUUAAUCAGAAAUAUUGUGAUACACUGGGAAUAUCAUUUUGGAAGAAAGUUAAGAUCUCUGAGAAUUUGAAACAAUAUUAAGCAGUCUGAUGUAAAAGGACACUUUCACUGAAGAAAGACAAAAAAUAAAAUAAAUGUUUUUGUUAGUAGUA